CUGUGCAGGAACACCUGCACAAAUAUGACCUUAAUGGAAGUGUCAUCAAAAGAAAACCUUUCCUGCGUCCUCGCCACAAAGUGCAACAGUUUGCAAAGGAACAAAGAACCAACCCUGAUGCAUUUUGGAAACAGGUCCUGCGGAGUGAUGAAAUUAAAAUAGUCACAAUGAGCAAAGGAUGUAUGAAAAAAGGGUGCAGACUUUCAUGAAAAGAACACCUCUCCAACUGUUAAGCAUGGGGGUGGGUCGAUCAUGCUUUGGGCUUGUGUUGGCAUGGGAAACAUUUCACUAGUAGAGGGAAGAAUGGAUUUAAUUAAAUUCCAGCAAAUUUUGGAAGCAAACAUCACAACAUCUGUAAAAAACAAAAACAAAAUUACAAAAUAGAAAACACAACAGGAUAAUAAUCUUAAACGCACCUCAAAAUCAACAAUGGAUCUAUGCAUGUAUAUAACUGGGCUCGCAGAUUUCUGUCCAAGGAACGCGAGAUUAGACCUCAUAAUGGAACAGGGGCCUCAAAACAUCCAUUUGCACUGCCAACAGCCAUACACCACACUUCCAUGCAAACACGCACACCCUUGUUUGUGACGGAUAAUUUUUUAAUGAAGGACCGUGAUGAGGGCGCCAGUAGGUCGUGUUAAUCCAGCCCCCUCUCUGCCGGCGAGGUUACAUAAAUGGUGUGAAGCUCCGACAUGAAAACUGCAGAAUAAAAACAUCUACAAUGUAGCUGUCUUUUGUGUUGGACAGAAUAAAUGAGGGUUUUAUCUGAACAGGAAAACAUUCAGUUCACUACUCAAUUCGGAACCAUAACGCAAAAAACAUCUCAUAGCAUUAAAACAGGCUGAGCAAUAACCUACACAGGCAAGUGCAGCAAGCCAACCCCACACCAAAGGCCCAACAAGCAAAAAAUGAAAACCAGCCUCGCUGGUGUAAGCUGAAUCCAUGUUCUUAGAUUUCAAUGUGUGUAUUAAGGAAUUUAAAUAGUGUUUGUCUCUUUCUCUCUGUCCUUAGGUCUAAAGAGAGUGUCAAGGGUACUACUGUUGGAGGCAUUUCAAAGGCAGCCAUCUAAGCACGUGUUCGUGUGGAUUUUCUAAGCGUAUGUAGCAUGUAACAUGUAGCAUGUAGAGAGCAAUGGAAUGGGACGCAGUACCGUCAGCAACUUGGACCUCAGAGGGCAGAUGUGGGUCAAGACAGAUCUGGAUCAGAUCAUUAUAAGCGCACACAAACGCACUUCCCUCUGACCUUCGCAUGAAAUCCAAUACAUGCAAGAGGUUGAAGGAAGAAGAAAAAAAAAACACAACGGAAUCCAGGUGAUUGACGGUUUGUGAAUGCCAAGCUCUGACUACGGCGUCUGGUUUGUGCAGUGCUGGUGAAGUGCCAGUGGGAAUGUUGCCCCAUAGAAAUGCGGAGGCUUUUGGAGAUCAGCUGUUGUGUCGGAGAGGCCAUGAUCACAAAAACAGCGGUGUUACUUAAAGGACUGAGGACCUCCAAAGUCAAAUAUCAUUUCACAAAGAAAACAAACAAAAGCUCUGCCUGAGCUCGGAUGACACCGUCUCUCACAAGUCAGACUAUGGCAUUGUUGUGAAACAAAACGCUUUUCAACAGACACUUUUCCGAGCACCACGGAGUUUCACAUCUUCAUCCAUUAGUAGGCUGUCAUUAUUCUUCAGAAAUAUGCUCCUCAUUAUCUGUUCACAGAGCCUCAGCAAGCCCAACCAUGUCAUUAGGGAUUUGGAGUGUCAAAGGUGGGAUUUGGCUGAUCAUUGCAUACAGUGCCAACAGCAUACCUCGCCUAACAAUCAUGACGGAAAGGUUGACUCCGCUCCACCCCUCCUGGAUGGCGUACAAUGUUUGAAAGCCUCCAAGUGUGUUGUAAAUCAGCGUCGACAGAUCUGAGGAAGAGUCGAGGAGUGGAGGGGCAAGUCAGGGGAGAUCCAUGGAGACAGUUAUUGAUGAUCAAAGCACCACCGCAGGUAAACUCACCUGAGUGCGCGGAAUGUGCUGUUUCUGUAAUGAACAACAGGUCUUUGGAAUGUUUUUUUUAUUUUUUUUAAACAGAAGGUCUACCUUACGGGGUAGUGUGAUGAAGACAAUACACAGAGGCUACUCGACCACUGACACCCAUAACUUGACCCAGGGCAAGGGCCACAACACAGGAAUGCCCAAGCUUUAAAAACUGAAUGGGAAUACACAAGGUUGAGGAGUGAUAACAUGUAAGUAUACUGAGGUUCAUAAACAACACUAUUUGCUUUUUGAAGAAGAAGAAGAAGAAUUGUUGGAUACCUAGUGGAUUAAAAAUGCACUUUGUAAAUGCCUACUGUAGAGGAUUUAAACCUGUCCUAACUAUUUAAAUCUGUCUAUAAACAUGUGCAAGUGACAACAUUGUUUAGAACGAGCUGUCUGGCUCUUGAAUUUUCAUUAAAGAUUGAAGAUUUAAUUGAAGAUUAAAGAAAUUGCUAGUCAUUGCAAAACUAUAUCACACAUUCUCGAAGACAUAAAAUAACACUGAUUCUAGAACGGGGAAACGCCCCGGGAUUAAGCUGUCAGAAAGAUUCCUUUAUGAAGUUAAACCAUGUUUGAAAAGUUUUUAUUUUCAUCCGUAAGAAAACAUUGGAACUGUCAGUAGUGAAGUCAAUUACAUUGAAAACAUUUCUAUUGAAAGACAUGGCUGUUUUCACGGUCUCUAUAGGCGAACAGCACGCACUGUGUGCAUGAUCCUGCUUCUGCAGUUUAUAAAGCAACUCGCUGUUUGACAUUUCUACCUGUGGGCUUAUGGACUGUUUCGUAUUUAUAAACAAACACGCUUGAACGCUUACGCAGUGGUGGUAAAUAACCCUGAUUGGCAUCCUAAUGCGAGACUAGAACUUGACACCUGACGCGCGGCACAGAUCAGAAUGCAUCAAACAUCCACGGCGAGAGAACUACUUCUAAUCACCUUCCGCAUUGCUGGACACCUAAUACGGGGACAUGGAGCUGACAUAAUCUCCAAGCUAUCCUAAAUGUGUGGUUCUGCAAAUGGAAAGGCACGGCAUGUGUAGUAAGGUGUGGACUCUUUUCCCACUACUUGUGUUAUUUGGUAGAGGUCGUAUGCAGAAAGGGCGGACUCAGGGGCGCAACGUCAGUGCGCUCGAACCCUCGAAUCUAUUUAAACUGGCCGCAGUCUCCACAGAGCGCAAAGCACAAGCGACUGCACAUCUGUAGUGCAAGAGUUCAAACUUGUUUUCAAUUACCAGUCAGAUCUCUUGGACGCAUUCUUGGAUUAAAAUAGCGCGUAAUAAUGGAAAUCAAUGGCUGGCUUAAAGUUUCGUUAAAAUUUCAAUAUUUUUCAAUGUUCUGGGGAUUUCGCAUUAUCAUUUAAUGGUUCAGAGUGUUUUAAGGCUGUCGUGUGGAUCCAAUCGGCACGGCUGGGGUCGGAGUGUUGUCUUCUUCACUGGAGGAGUCAUUCAUUUAUUCCCUGGCCACAUUUAAAUAAAAUAUUUCACCAGACGUCUAGCAGUCUACCGCUCCUUUCGGCUUUCGCCAUCAACUGCCUGAACAGGAGUCCUGAUGUCUUCAUUUGACUCCUUGCAGUUGUUGAUGGUAGUUCUCUAUCAGGUUUCCUGCGUGGAUCUCCGCAUCCUGUUAUUGGGCAACUCGAUUUUGACAGAGCAGUCCGUGGCACCCUGACCCUCGGACUACAGAAGCCGCGGAUCGGUGUACGUUGGAGAGACUGAACUGAUUACUGUACGAACGGCUACUUUCAAGGUAUUGGCGAACGCACUGAACUGAUAGUGGAAUCUAUGAAUGGGUGUGGAUUUUCUUCUUCUACGACGCAUUUUGUUCGCUGGAUAUAUAUGUCAUAGACCCUUUUGGAUCAUUUCAUGCACCGUUGUUGACCUCUCUUGGAUAUUAGAACGAUUUCGGCAAAGGUCUGCAUGGGCCGGAUUUAAGAUUCCUUCUGAGGAACUCAGUCUAAAAUGAAGUUAUGGGAUGUCCUGGCCACGUGUCUGUUGCUCCUGAGCUCCGUCUCCACGCGCCCUAUCUUUCCAAAGCUGCAGCCCGUCAAGAGGCCUCCCGUCGUAGGCUUGCAUCAUGACUCUGCCACCCUGUCUGUGGAGGACUCUUUCAUACACCCCUACUCCCAUCCGCAGCGCCUGCACCAAACCUCAAUGGAGGAACAAUAUGAACUCGAGGGCCCAUACCCUGAUCAGUUUGAUGAUGUCAUGGACUUCAUUGAGGCCACCAUCGGUAGAUUACGCCGGUCUCCCGGUGGUGACGGAGUUUUCCAGAGCCAGAGCGGGAGACGGAGGCAGAGCGGAUCGACAGGCACGGACAAGGGGAGCAGGAGGGGACGCGGGGAGAGGAGGAAGGGUCAGGGACGGAAGGGCAGCCGCUCGGGGAAGGGCCGGGAGGAGCAACGGACCGCGACGGUGGGCCGGGGGUGCCUCCUCCGCGAGGUCCACCUCAACGUGACGGACCUCGGACUGGGCUACCAGACAAAGGAAGAACUGAUAUUUAAGUACUGCAGCGGUCCCUGCUCGGACGCAGAGACCAACUACGACAAGAUCCUGAAUAACCUGACAAACAACAGGAAGAUGGACAAGGAGAAGCCCUCUAAAACCUGCUGCCGCCCCAUCUCCUUUGACGACGACCUCUCUUUCUUGGACGACCACCUGGAGUACCACACUCUGAAGAAGCAUUCCGCCCGGAAAUGUGGUUGCGUGUGACAGAGACACAGAGAGAGAGAAAGAGGGACAAAAAGUGAGAGACAGUGUGCCCAGUGGACUCCAUCUCAAAGUGGUGUUCAUCGCAGGGCAAUGGCCAGUGCAGACAGUGAGACCUCACGAGUGUGUAGAGGUCGAGCCUGGGCAACGGUGGUGUGGACGUUGGCCAGUUCCAGAGCAGGUGGAGUACAGGGACCUCAUCGUUUAUACAGACGGAUAAUCACAUUCAUGGUGUGUGGGACAAGUCACACAGGUGCAAGUCAAGGUCAAAACCUCAGUGUUCGUUUACUUAAACCUACACUUCCCUAACACACACUGAGCAGUCAGGACAGACUGAUAUAACAAUGCAUGACUCCUUGUAAGAAAUUGUGUUCCAAGGCAUAGUGUAACAUUCAGACUCAAAGCGCACACACACACACACACACACACACACACACACACACACACAAACACAACCGGUCAUUCUGUUACCCAACUUUGCUGCUUUAGUUCAAGCCCUUCAGGACAGCGAGAUGAACUGCAGAUGCAUUGUCGCAUGGGGAGCUGCUGUCGCAUGGGGAGCUGCGGUCGCAUGGGGAGCUGCGGUCGCAGGUAGAACUGCUCCAAUCGCUAUGUGGCAAAUGCCUCUUAACGUUUACAUUCAGAAAGGAGUCAUUCACCCUGCCCCAGGAGCAGCAACAGAUGUUUUUUAAAGUAUUAGAAAUCUAUCAAUUUAUCUAUCUUAUCUAUAUCAAUGUAUAUGUAUAUACAGUAUAUAUAUAUAUAUAUAUAUGAGAAAUGUAUUUAUUGAGAUUUAAUUAACUUAUUGUUAUUUAUUGCAAUCUGUUGUAUUAAGAGUGUUUCUUGUUUUAUUUUGUUUCAUUAUCUUUUUUUAUUUAUUUGAGGAGCUGUCUUUUUUUUUUUUUUUGGAUGGUGCCAAAAGUGGAAAGAGUGUUUCCUGAAGCGGCCGUAAAUAAUCAAAACAAUCUGUGAGAAAAAGACAGAGAGAGAGAGCACUCAUCAUGGACGUCUCUGCUAACAUCUGUGAUGUUUAAGAAAUAUGGUAAUUCCACUGAAAGUACAGAACGGUUGGGAGAGGACAGAGAAGAGUAGAACCGAGAGAUAUAUGGACCAACCCCCCACCUUAAAACAGAUUUUCUGCUCCUGGUUUUUGCUCCAAAGCGAACCCCAAACUUGAGCACUCACUCACAAAUAUACCCCCCCACCCAACCUACCCCACCCUCCAACAAAACCCUCAAUAAGAAAGAACCUCAACCAAUGAGGGCCCAAGGCCCUUUAGGAGCGCAAUCAACUGUUUACUUUCAUGGAGUCGGUCUUGACGUUUGGUCUGCAAGUCCUCAAUUGCAAGCAUCUGUUUACAGAAGGAAAAUACAUCCCUUAGCCAUUCUGUUUGUUUCUGUCCAUAAUAAAGUUACUGUCAGUGUGUACGGAGGGGAAGCGGUGGUUUGCCUCACGGUCAUCAACAAGCACAAACAGAAAGGCUUCUCUCAUCCCACCCUCCUGGAAGAUCCACCCCCCAAACACACACACACACACACACACACACUUAACGCUCCUUGGUUCAGUCUGCUGUAUCGAAGAGAGCCUUUAAGUGGUCACUGUCACUACAGGGGCUGACAAGGCUGGUUUGACUCACGGGUCAGGGCUUGGGAAGUGAUUGUCAAACACAAAGGUUAAACCACUUCUACUGGCUGGAAGCCCCCCGUCCCCUUAAGUUUAAGACCAGUUAAGAUCUGUUUCCAUCUUCUGCAAACUCCUCAAAUCAACAUACACUCAACAGAUGGCCGAAGAUCUCCCCAGUUUCAGGUAGUGAUCCGGUUCCAAAUUCCCUGAAAACAAGAUAAGGAUAUGUCUAAGCGAUAAGCACAAUCCGGACUAACCUAACUCUUAGUUGAGAUACAAUGGUUUCAGGAAUUGGGGCAAACAAAAAACAUACCAAUUAGUGCACUGCGCAGUCAGUUAAACGAUUAAAGCCGUAAACCAAAAUCCCUGACUAAAAUCUGUCCUAAAGAGAAAAACCAAGCGUAGUGAAUGGUACGUAACUAUGUCCUUGUGUAACAUCCCGUGAGAGGAUUUCUUUUCUCCUCUCCUUUUACAGUUUCGAACAGUGCAGUUCACUUAGACACAGAAAACCCGAAGGCUAGACCCUGAUGUUGCCCUGGAUUAAGGACCUGAAUCAGUGCUCACUCUACAGGAACAGAGCCAGCUUUACUCGGUAAUCCCCGCCAUACACAGAACAAAUCCACUGAAUUGAGUAGAAUUUAGGCCAAACCCAAAGGAAGAGUGGAAAACACACUACAGCUAAUAGUCCACAGGAAUCAUUUGAUCAACUGCUUAACUUCGCAGUUGUUGUGACGUGUGUGUGCAUGUCAACUUCAGAAGAGAAGCCGUGAGAGGCAUUUUGGUACCCACACACACACUCCUCCCCAAGACCUCUUUCUUAAGCCGGAACUGUGCGAGCUGUGAUCUAUACUUCGUUGUCCUCCUGUACAUUAGGUUGCUUAACUGUAAAGUGUUUUGUUUUGUGACUGAGGUUUUGAGUCCUUUUGACGAGUGUUGUUGUUUUUUGUGUGGGAUGAACCAGAGGUCUGGGUGAGGCGAUGGCUGCUGCUCUGAGAAUGAGGUAGGGAGGCAAGGCUUCUGUGUGUGUUAUAUAUUUUUUUUCAGUGUCAGUUCUGUGAAAAAAAAGGUGUCAUGUCUUGCUUGUUUUGUGUUACUGAACCAAAGUUCUCUACAGACUUUAUUUUUGUACAAUAUUCAUUUUAUAACUUUUUACAGAAUAAAUCUUGUUUCUAUAUCAUGUUUGUUGUCAUCUUUUUUUGUUUUUCAUUUCUAUCUAUCUAUUUUAGACACAGUGCUACCUUUGCUACGGUUAUAAAAGACAGAGAAAACAAAACAAAAAAAUAUGAUUUUGCGUUCUUUUUAAUAGAAUGUUUUACAAAAAACAGAUUUGUAUGUUACUUUUCACAGCUAAAACUGUUGUAAAAACCGACAGCCUUUAUCCUUGACGUCCUUGCAGUCAAGCAAAACUUUUAUAGUAUGUUCUCAAUAAACAGAACUAAAAUUAGUGCAAAGAAUGCAGAAAACCUCCAUGGCUCCAAAAGCAUGUUAACAGACCUAGCCCAGGAGGAGCAGUCUGCAGUUGUUGAAUAGAAAAUUCACUGAACCAAAUAGACCGAGUGGGAAUGUCACAGGAGCUGGCAUCAGAACAGGUAAACACUCACCGCGACUGAUGUACGGCAUGCUUUUCAAUGCGAAAAACAGAAACAGCAUUUCAUGCCAUUCUAAUUAUCCACCGCAUUCAACAUGAGGGUUAAGGCAGUGCACUCUAGGCAGCGCAUGUGCAGAUAGGAGAGGCACACAGGGAGAAGAUAGGGACA